AUGCUUGUCGAGCUUAAGAACGGUGAAACAUACAACGGGCAUCUCCAAGCGUGCGAUUCCUGGAUGAAUAUCCAUCUACGUGAUGUCUAUUUCACAUCAAAGGAUGGUGACAAGUUUUUUAAAAUGACAGAGGUCUACAUUCGUGGUUCCACUAUUAAGUAUCUUCGAAUUCCUGAAUCCGUUGUGGAUCUAGUAAAAAACGAGGUCAACGAAGUACGUCGUCAGCAAAGAGACCAGCAGAGAUCGAGAGGAGGACGCGGAGGGCAUCGUGGUGGUGGACGCGGAGGACAUCGUGGCGGCGGGGAUCGAGGAAAAUAA